AUGUUACUAGCGAGAACAAGAGUCAAAUAUUAUAUAAUGCUAAAUCAAUCUUUCCUCAUUUACAGUGGUGGUGCUGGUGGUGGUGGUACUGGUGGUGGUGAUGGUGAUGGUGAUUUUCCUCGUUCUCCAAAUUCCGAUCGAUUUGAUGGGAUUACCUUCCAGAGUUGUCCAGUUCUGGAUGAGUCAAUCAGUGGCUAUCGAACAGUACAAUUUAUCGCUCGAUGGCCUUUUGACUAG